AUGGCUCCGAGCUGUGGGAACACCUGUGUACACCACGGGCAGAGGCACAGGCAAUCGGAUAGUGGGACUAGGGGAGUCCUGACCUUUGUGUGCGUGUGUGAGGGAGGGGUCGGGCAGAGUCAGCAAGUGGAAUGCUCUAUGUAUGAACUGGUAGAUAUUCUUAAGCACAGGCUGAAAACAGAUGCUGGAAGAACUCUGGAGGAUUCAUACGCCUGUGCACAUCUUGACAAGAAACGCAAAACGCGCUGCCAAGAAUGCCUGUCCUGUAGUUACUAUAAUCUGAUGGGACAGCUUUAUCAGAAGAAUACUGACUCUUUAGUCAGAUGCACGAAGAUUUCUUUAGAGUUCUUAAGACAUCGAUUGCGUGUUGUUGACUCUAGGUAUCAGAUGACCAAGUUUGUAGAGACACAGAGGCUUCCCUUGUUCAAAGCUGAAAUUCAACUGGCUAUUCCAAAUGUUGUUUUGAGACCAAGUCUUGAGGAUAUUCAGAGUGCUGUAAAUAAAGCAGUAAAUGUCAUAUUAUCAGUAACCAAAGAUAUUCCCCUGUGGAAAUUUGCUUACUUGCAUCAUGAGCAGCAGCAGAUGGAACAAGCUGUUGCUGUAGACCUAGGUGAUGAGAGCAAACUCACCAGGCUAGUGACACUGAAACCUUUGGACAAGCAGAUCACCGAACAUAAGGAUGUAAACAAAGUGGUGAUGCAACUAAGCACAAUUAUAUUAUCUCUUAAAACUGAAGCAUCAGAUCUUCUGAACAGCUUUUUUUAAUUUUCAGGCAUCUGGAGCAAGGAUCCAGAGGAAAACGUGAGAGAAUUUAUAGAUACUAAACCAACAAUGGCUGAAUUCCAAACUCAAAUAAGAUACUUUUCUCAAUUAGAAAUGCAAAUCAGAGAACUGCCAAAUCACUGUGUACUGGAGUCAGUGGAUAUUGCAACAGAGUCAUUGAACCGCUCAAGACAAAGAACAUUUGGACUAGCUUUGAAUAAAAAGUCUGCCACAGACAUGGAUGAAAUUUAUUCAUUCAUUGAAAAUAUUAGCAAGAGAUUAAGCAGACCUAUCCACGACCUUGAUGAUGUACGGGGAGCUAUGGAAACACUAAAGGAAAUUAGAGAGAAUGAGAUUAAAAUUGACAUGACAGUUGGACCUAUAGAAGAAUCUUAUUCUGUGCUUCAUAAAUGCAAUCUACUCUUUCAAGAUGUCCAUUUUCAGAUUUUUGAUAAAACAAUGACACUGCAAAAGCUUAAUCUGGACAUGGGAAUCCGUAAGUUACCGAAAGCAUUGAAGGAAUGGCAAGCUUUUCAAGACCUAAGAAAAAAAAUUGAUGACUUCACAGAGAGCUGUCCUUUGCUUGAAAUGAUGGCAAACAAAGCAAUGAUGUCACGACACUGGGAAAGAAUUGCACAAGUCACUGGGCAUCAGUUUGAUGUUGAUGAAAAUUUCUCUCUGAAAAACAUAAUGGAUGCCUGUUUAUUAAAAUAUAAAGAAGAUAUUGAGGAUAUCUGCAUCAGUGCAGUUAAAGAAAAGGAUAUUGAAGCAAAAUUGAAGCAUGUAAUCAGUGAAUGGAGUACUCAUGUUUUCAGUUUUGGCCAAUUCAAAACUCGAGGAGAACUUCUCCUGAAGGGAUCAGAUAUCUUGGAGAAAUUAGCUUUGGUGGAAGACAGCCUCAUGAUACUGGGGUCGCUCAUGAGCAACAGGUAUAACCCACCAUUUAAGUCCACUAUACAACAGUGGGUUCAGAAGCUGACCAGUACUGCGGAGAUAAUAGAAAACUGGAUUACUGUACAAAACCUCUGGAUUUACCUUGAAGCUGUGUUUGUUGGUGGAGACAUUGCAAAACAACUACCUCAGGUAUCCAGAAGAUUUCAGAACAUUGAUAAAUCGUGGCAGAGAAUUAUGCAGAGAGCCCAUGAAACAUCAAACAUUGUGCAGUGCUGUGUUGGAGAUGAGACUCUGGCACAGAUGUUACCACAUUUACAGGAACAAUUGGAAAUCUGUCAGAAAUCACUGACUGGGUAUUUGGAAAAAAAACGGUUAAUAUUUCCAAGAUUUUUUUUUUUAUCUGACCCUGCUCUUCUGGAAAUCCUUGGUCAAGCAUCUGAUUCCCACACUAUUCAGGCACAUUUGUUGAGUUUGUUUGAUAAUGUUAACCGAGUGGGAUUUAAUGAAAAAAACUACGACCAGAUUUUAUUGUUUGAAUCUCAGGAAGGAGAACAAGUCAAUCUUAUUGAACCAGUCUUAGCUCAGGGCAAUGUGGAAUUCUGGUUAGGUCAGCUGCUGAAUGGGAUUAGGAAAACAAUCCACACCAUCAUUAGACAGGCAUCAAUGGCCAUUAGUGAUUCAGGUUUUAAACUGCAUGACUUUCAGGCAAUGUUUCCUGCACAAAUAGGACUUCUGGGAAUUCAAAUGGUCUGGACCAGAGAUGCAGAGAAUGCACUGAACAGUGCCAAAACAGACAAAAAGGUAAUGCACACAACAAGCAAGAAGUUUUUGGAUCUUUUGAAUGAUUUGAUUGACAUGACAACACACAAUCUGACAAGAAUGGAGUGCACAAAGUAUGAAACUUUAAUCACCAUUCAUGUGCACCAGAAAGAUAUCUUUGAUGAUUUGGUCCAUAUGAACAUUAAAUCUCCAUCUGAUUUUGAAUGGCAAAAACAGUCUCGAUUCUAUUUCCUGGAAGAUUUGGAUAAAUGUGUUAUCCAAAUCACUGAUGUAGAGUUCACCUACUGCAAUGAAUACUUGGGGUGUACAGACAGGCUUGUUAUAACUCCCUUAACUGACAGGUGUUACAUCACACUGGCACAGGCCCUGGGCAUGAAUAUGGGUGGUGCACCUGCAGGACCUGCAGGGACAGGGAAAACAGAGACAACCAAAGACAUGGGCAAAUGCCUGGGAAAGUAUGUUGUUGUUUUCAAUUGUUCAGACCAAAUGGACUACAGAGGACUUGGCCGUAUCUAUAAGGGUUUAGCCCAGUCAGGUGCGUGGGGUUGCUUUGAUGAAUUUAACCGGAUUGAGCUUCCAGUUUUAUCAGUAGCUGCUCAGCAGAUAUAUAUCAUACUUCAGUGCAAGAAAAAUAAGAAACCUCAGUUUGUCUUCACUGAUGGUGAUGUUGUUGACAUGGACAGAGAAUUUGGUAUAUUUCUGACUAUGAACCCUGGCUAUGCAGGGCGACAGGAGCUUCCAGAAAACCUGAAGAUCCAGUUUCGCACAGUUGCCAUGAUGGUGUCUGACCGCAGCAUUAUCAUGCGAGUCAAGCUGGCGAGCGUGGGUUUCCGAGACAACCAAGUCCUCAGUCAGAAAUUCUAUACACUCUACAAACUCUGUGAAGAGCAGUUAUCUAAUCAGGUUCAUUAUGACUUUGGGCUUAGAAAUAUCCUGUCUGUUUUGAGAACACUUGGAGCAGUGAAAAGAUCUAAUCCUGAAGAGGCAGAGAAAACUGUAGUGAUGAGAGUUCUGCGGAACAUGAACCUCUCCAAACUGGUGGAUGAAGAUGAACCUUUAUUUAUGAGUCUCAUUAAUGACCUAUUCCCUGGAAUUACUCUGGAUAAAGCUGGGUAUCCUCAACUACAGUCAGCCAUUCAGAAACAGGCAGAGAAAGCAGGGCUUAUCCAUCAUCCACCAUGGAUUCUUAAACUCAUUCAGCUGUAUGAAACUCAACAAGUCCGACAUGGCAUGAUGACUCUAGGUCCAACUGGUGCAGGAAAGACAAAAUGCAUUAAUAUUUUGAUGAAAGCAAUGACAGAUUGUGGUGCUCCUCAUAAAGAGAUGAGAAUGAACCCAAAGGCAAUCACAGCUUCCCAGAUGUUUGGUACCCUUGAUGUUGCUACAAAUGACUGGACAGAUGGUAUUUUCUCUACAUUAUGGAGAAAAACUUUAAAAGCAAAGAAGGGAGAGCAUAUCUGGAUAGUUUUGGAUGGCCCUGUUGAUGCAAUAUGGAUUGAAAAUCUGAACUCUGUUCUGGAUGAUAAUAAGACCCUUACUUUGGCUAAUGGAGAUCGUAUUCCAAUGUCCCCCAACUGCAAAAUUAUUUUUGAACCUCACAACAUUGACAACGCUUCCCCUGCAACAGUUUCUCGCAAUGGGAUGGUCUUCAUGAGUUCUUCAGUGUUAGAUUGGAAGCCUAUUUUAAGAGCUUGGCUGCAAACACCUACUGCAUACUCCGAUAUCCUAUGGAACUGCUUUAAUGCUGUAUUUCAGGAUGUGAUAGAUUUUCUUUUCUCUGCUGUGACACCAAAAAUGCCAGUUUUAGAAUGUAUGUACAUCAAACAGGCUAUUGACCUCCUACAGGGUCUAUUGUCUGACCAAUAUGAGAGGCAGCUCAGUGAAGAGCAUAUUGCUCGCUUGUUCAUUUUUGCUUUAAUGUGGUCAGCUGGAGCUCUUCUGGAACCAGAUGACAGGCUGAAAAUGGAGCUGUUCCUACGGAAGCACUCUGCAGUGAAAGAACUUCCAGCUGUGAAUGGAGAAGAGACCAUAUUUGAAUUUGGUAUCAAUGCCUCUGGCCAGUGGGAGCACUGGUCAAAGAAGGUCCCUGAAUAUAUUUACCCGAAAGAUUCAGUGCCAGAAUAUACUUCCAUUCUAGUUCCAAAUGUAGACAGUGUCCGAACAGACUUUCUAAUGCACACUAUCAUGAAGCAAGGAAAAGCUGUUCUGCUGACUGGGGAACCAAAAUCAGUUAUGAUUAAGGAUUACACAAGCAAGUAUGAUCCUGGUGUUCACUUGACCAAAUGCCUGAACUUUUCUUCUGAAACUCUGCCAAUUAUGUUCCAGAGGAGCAUAGAAAGUUACAUAGGUAAAAGAAUGGGCACCACAUACGGUCCUCCUGCAGGGAAGAAAAUGACUGUCUUUAUUGAUGACAUAAACAUGCCUGUGAUUAAUGAAUGGGGUGAUCAGAUCACCAAUGAGAUUGUAAGACAGCUGAUGGAACAGAAAGGUUUCUACAAUUUGGAGAAGCCAGGAGAAUUCACCAAUGUAGUCGACACCCAGUUUGUAGCUGCAAUGAUUCACCCUGGAGGAGGUUGGAAUGACAUCCCGCAGCGCCUGAAACGCCAGUUCACCAUCUACAACUGCACACUGCCCUCCAGUUCCUCUGUUGACAAAAUAUUUCGAACAAUAGCAGAAGGCUAUUUCUGUGAACAGCCUACAGAAAUAUGUAAACUGGCUUCAGCGUUAGUAUCUACAGCUCGAAAGGUUUGGCAAACAACAAAAGCCAAGAUGUUACCAACUCCAGCUAAAUUUCAUUACAUCUUUAAUUUACGGGACCUCAGUCGUAUUUGGCAAGGAAUGCUUGCAGUUACUUCUGAAGUUUGCCAGAGCAUCAGUGUUUUGGUAGCCUUGUUCCAGCAUGAAUGCAGACGUGUUAUUGCAGACAGGUUCAUCAGCCAAAGUGAUAAAGAAUGGUUUGAAGAUGUGAUGAAAAAGAUUGCCUCUGCAGAACAUGGUCAAGAUCUAUUUGGAGAUGAGUCAACAGAAUCAUUCUUUGUGGAUUUCUUGCGCGAUGCCCCAGAAGCUACUGGAGAUGAGCCUGAUGAUGCAGAGUUGAAGGCUCCUAAAAUUUAUGAGCCUACCCCAUCUUUGGUUUAUUUGGCUGAAAGAUUACAAAUGUUCAUGCAACAGUACAAUGAAACCAUCAGAGGAUCAAAGAUGGAUUUGGUAUUUUUCAAGGAUGCAAUCAUCCAUUUGAUUAAAAUAUCACGGAUUAUUCGUACGCCGCGAGGAAAUGCAUUGUUGGUGGGUGUGGGUGGAUCUGGAAAACAGAGUCUGACCAGACUAGCAUCAUAUAUUGCUGGAUAUGAGAGCUAUCAGAUUACUUUAACAAGAACAUAUGCCACCAGUAACCUUUUGGAUGAUCUGAAAAUCUUGUACCGCACCGCUGGGCAAAAAGGAAAGGGCGUUGUCUUUAUAUUCACAGACAAUGAAAUCAGAGAUGAAUCCUUUCUUGAGUACAUGAACAACAUUUUGGCUUCAGGUGAAGUCUCAAAUCUUUUUGCACGAGAUGAAAUAGGUGAAAUCACACAAGACCUGAUACCUGCAAUGAAGAAGGAGUAUCCAAGGCAUGCUGCCACUAGUGAAAAUCUUUAUAAUUACUUUCUUGCUCGAGUUCGUAAUAACCUGCAUGUUGUUCUUUGCUUUUCUCCUGUUGGGGAAAAAUUCAGAACUCGUGCACUCAAGUUUCCAGGUCUGAUUUCAGGCUGUACCAUGGACUGGUUCCAGCGCUGGCCUAAAGAUGCUCUCGUAGCAGUUGCACAGCAUUUUUUAGUUUCCUACCAUAUUGAGUGCACAGAUGAAGUGAAGCAGAGUGUUGUUAGCACCAUGGGAACAUUUCAAGAUAUUGUAGCUGAAAAAUGUGUUGAAUACUUUGAACGAUACAGGCGACGAACUUUUGUGACUCCAAAAUCUUACCUGUCCUUCAUUGGAGGCUACAAAUCAAUUUACAAAGAGAAAUUUGCCAGUGUUGGAAGUUUGUCUGAACGCAUGAGAACAGGUCUUGCAAAACUGAUGGAAGCUGAGGUUUCAGUAAACCAACUCUCCAAAGAAUUGAUGAUGAAAGAGAAAGAUUUAGCUGUGGCUUCAAAAAAAGCUGAUGAAGUUUUAUUGGAAGUAACCAUGAAAGCCCAAGCUGCCGAAAAGGUGAAAAUGCAGGUGCAAAAGGUGAAAGACAAGGCUCAGGCCAUUGUGGAUGACAUUGCUACUGAUAAAGCAGCAGCAGAAAAUAAGCUUGAAGCUGCAAGACCUGCCUUGGAAGAAGCUGAGGCAGCCCUGCAGACAAUAAAACCUUCUGAUAUCGCAACUGUUCGCAAACUAGGGAAACCUCCCCAUUUGAUUAUGCGGAUUAUGGAUUGUGUGCUGCUUUUAUUCCAAUGAAAAAUAGACUUGGUAACACCGGAUCAAGAACGUCAGUGCGUGAAGCUGUCAUGGACUGAAGCUCUGAAGCUAAUGAAUAAUUCAGGAUUUCUCAGCAUGUUGCUUACUUUCCAGAAGGACUCAAUUACAGGAGAAACUGUGGAGCUUUUAGAGCCUUAUUUGGAUAUGGAGGAUUAUAAUCUUGAGACUGCUAAGAAAGUGUGUGGAAAUGUAGCAGGUCUUUGCUCAUGGACACAAGCAAUGGCUUACUUCUAUGGUAUUAAUAAAGAAGUUCUUCCUCUUAAGGCCAAUUUAGCCUUGCAAGAGGGAAGACUUGAAGCUGCCCAAAUGGAACUGAAUAAUGCACAAAUUCAACUGGAUGAGAAGGAAAUGGAACUGGAUCAAGUACAAGCCAUGUAUGAUACUGCUAUGAAAGAGAAGCAGACCUUAAUUGAUGAUGCUGAGGCAUGCAGAAGGAAGAUGAACAAUGCCACAGCUCUGAUUGAAGGAUUAAGAGGAGAAAAGCUUCGUUGGACAGCAAGCAGCAAAAACUUUCAAAAUCAAAUUAUUAAUUUAGUGGGGAAUGUUCUUCUGGCCACUGGAUUUCUUUCUUACUCUGGACCUUUCAAUCAGGAGUACAGGAAUUUGCUGCUCCAAUUGUGGAAAAAAGAGAUGGACAACAACAAGAUUCCAUACAGUCAUGAUUUGAACCUUACUGGUAUGCUUGUUGACAAUGCUACAGUGAGUGAAUGGAACCUCCAGGGCCUUCCAAAUGAUGAGCUUUCAAUUCAAAAUGGCAUAAUUGUCACAAAAGCAUCUAGAUAUCCUUUGCUUAUUGAUCCACAAGGUCAAGGAAAGAUCUGGAUUAAAAACAAGGAAAAAAACAAUGGACUCCAGGUUACAGCUAUGAACCACAAGUUCUUCAGAAGUCAUAUAGAAAACUGCCUGUCCCUUGGCCGACCUUUGUUAAUUGAAGAUAUUGGAGAGGAACUUGAUCCUGCCCUAGAUAACAUCUUGGAAAAAAAUUUCAUAAAAUCUGGUUCAGCACACAAAGUGAAAGUAGGUGACAAGGAGGUAGAUCUGAUGAAGGGCUUUACUCUGUAUAUAACAACAAAAUUGGCUAAUCCUGCCUAUACUCCGGAAAUUAGUGCAAAAACAACUGUGAUUGACUUUACUGUUAAUAUGAAAGGGCUGGAAGAUCAGCUCCUUGGCCGUGUCAUCCUAACAGAAAAACAGGAACUGGAAGCAGAAAGAGUCAAACUGAUGGAAGAAGUGACAUCUAACAAAAGGAAAAUGCAGGAGCUUGAAGAUAAUCUCCUCUUCCGUCUAACCAGUACAGAGGGUUCUUUGGUUGAAGAUGAUUCUCUGAUAGAAGUCCUAAAAAUCACUAAAACAACAGCAGAAGAGGUCAGUGAGAAGUUAAAUAUAGCAGCAGAGACAGAGGUGAAAAUCAAUACUGCACGUGAAGAGUAUCGGCCCGUUGCUGGUCGUGGUAGCAUCCUUUAUUUCCUCAUUGUGGAAAUGAGUUUGGUUAAUGUCAUGUACCAAACAUCCUUACGGCAGUUCCUUGGCAUUUUUGACCUAUCAGUGGAAAGAUCUCAGAAGUCUCAGAUCACGGCAAAAAGGGUAGCACAUGUGAUUGAGCAUCUCACCUAUGAAGUCUUCAAGUACACAGUUCGAGGGCUGUAUGAAAAUCACAGAUUCCUGUUUAUAUUGCUUCUGGCACUGAAGAUUGACUUACAGGCCAAGAAAAUUUCACAUGCUGAGUUUGAGACACUGAUCAAAGGAGGUGCCAGUUUAGAUCUGAAUUCCGUGGAACCAAAACCAAAAAAGUGGAUCCUUGAUAUGACAUGGCUCAACCUUGUGCAGUUAUCUAGCUUGUACCCUUUUAAUCAACUUCUGGCGCAAGUAGUUAGGAAUGAAAAGUCUUGGAAAGCUUGGUUUGAUGGAGAAGCACCUGAAAAAGCUGUUAUUCCAGAUGGAUAUGACAGUACACUGGAUCAAUUCCGUAAACUGCUCCUUGUCCGUAGCUGGUGCCCCGAUCAUACUGUCGCCCAAGCUCGACACUACAUUGCAGAAUCUCUUGGAGGAAAAUAUGCGGAAGGAUUUAUUCUUGAAAUGGAAGCAAUGUGAGCAGAAAGUGACUGUCGAACACCUUUGACAUGUUUCUUGUCAGUGGGAUCUGAUCCCACCAAAAACAUAGAACGUCUUGCAAAAUCAAAGAACAUUCCCUGUCGUGCCAUUUCAAUGGGUCAGGGCCAGGAAGUCCAUGCGAGGCGCCUGUUAAAUCAAUGCAUGCAAGACGGAGGGUGGCUCCUUCUGCAGAACUGCCACCUUGGCUUGGAGUUCCUUAGUGAAUUAAUGGACACCAUCACAACAACAGAAUCUAUGACUGAAAGUUUCAGGACCUGGAUCACUACAGAGGCUCACCCAGAGUUUCCUAUUAGUCUUUUACAGUCCUCUAUCAAAUUUACUAAUGAACCCCCCCCAGGUGUGAAAGCUGGCUUAAAACAAACAUACUCAGCUGUGACUCAGGAUCACCUAGAAGUGAGCAACAUGCCACAGUGGAAACCAUUGCUAUAUGCUGUAGCAUUUCUUCACACAACUGUUCAGGAAAGACGGAAGUUUGGUCCGUUGGGCUGGAAUAUUCCUUAUGAAUUUAAUCAGGCAGACUUCACAGCCAGCGUGCAAUUUGUUCAGAAUCACUUGGAUGAUAUGGACGUGAGAUGUGGAGUGAACUGGACCUGUGUUCGUUAUAUGCUGGGAGAAGUACAGUAUGGGGGCCGUGUAACUGAUGACCUUGACAAAGCACUGCUGAAUACGUAUGCAAGAGUGUGGUUUGGAGAGCAUAUGUUCAGUGAAAAUUUUUGCUUCUACAAAGGUUAUGUUAUUCCAAAAGGGAAAACAGUUGAAGAUUAUCUCCAGUACAUAGAGCAAUUGCCAGUGAUUGAUACACCUGAGGUAUUUGGACUUCACCCUAACGCAGAUAUAACUUACCAGACUAACUUGGCUAAUGAGACAUUAAGUACAAUAGAGAGCAUCCAGCCCAAAGACAGCAGCACUGGAGGAGGGGAAACCUGAGAAGCAGUGGUGCAGCGUCUUGCUGAUGAGAUGCUGGAGAAGUUACCUCCAGAUUAUAACCCUCAUGAGGUGAAAGCCCAACUUCAAAAGGUGGGAGCUGCUCAACCCACAAAUAUAUUUCUCUGUCAGGAAAUUGACCGCAUGCAACAGGUUCUGUCGAGGGUUCGAACCACCCUGACUCAUCUCAAACUGGCUAUUGACGGAACCAUAAUUAUGUCAGAAGAAUUGCAAGAUGCUUUAGAUAAUAUCUAUGAUGCUAGAAUUCCAAAACUAUGGUUUAGGAUUUCCUGGGAGUCAGCUACUUUAGGAUUUUGGUUUACUGAGCUUCUUGAAAGAAACCAGCAGUUCAGCAGUUGGCUACAGGAUGGCCGACCAAAUCAGUUCUGGAUGACAGGAUUCUUUAAUCCACAGGGAUUCCUAACUGCUAUGAGGCAAGAGACAACGUGCAUGAAUUUAGCAAAGGGGUGGACACUUGACAGUGUUGUUUUACACAAUGAAGUGACCAAGAUGAUGAAAGAAGAUGUUACUGGCCCUCCUCCUGCUGACAUUGGUGGGGUUUACAUAUACGGCCUUUUCCUCGAAGGGGCAGGUUGGGACCGCAGGAACAGCAAGCUGGUGGAGUCAGCACCAAAGGUGUUGUUCACAAGUCUACCUGUAGUCCAUGUGUAUGCUGUGUGCACAACAGCACUACGCCCAAAGAAGCAACAAGGAGGUGUGUACUCCUGCCCUGUCUACAAAAAGCCUCGGAGAACAGAUCUGACAUACAUUUUCUCAUUGUAUCUGAAAACAGUGCAGAAUCCUGACCAUUGGACUUUAAGGGGAGUUGCACUGCUCUGCGAUUCAAAAUAAGGACCAACAGAUAGUUUUAAA